AUGGCUCGCGCGCUCUUUGUGGCCGCCCUGGCCGUCAUCCUCAUGGUCGCGCCAGCCCUGGCGGCCCGCGACCUCAAGGGCCAGCGCCCCGACUAUGGCGGGCUGCUCAACACCGUCACCGACACCGUGGCCGGCCUCCCCGUUGCCGGCCCCGUUGCUGGCUCACUUGUCACCGGCGUCCUUGACACCACUGGCAACCUUGUGACGGGCGUCCGCGGCGUCACGACGGGCUUGACCACAACUGACAUUGUUGGCGAUCAUGAAGCCAAACUUCAACGCCAGCAGCUCCUGAACAAGGCUGCGCAGCAGCGCUACAGGCAGCGGCGCCGUGAGCGGGAGGGCACUGUGAAGGCCACCCUAGGACACAUUCAGGAGACGAAUUCGGCGCUCCAGGCGCAGGUCAUGGCACUGGAGUCCGCGCUCAUAACCACCCAGAUGGCCGCCGCCGCCGCCACGGCGCCGCUGCUGCUGCAGCCGCCGCUACUGGCGCCAGGGCAGCAGGCGCAGCUGCUGCAGCCGCAGGCGCCCCUGGUGAUCGGCGGGCUGCCCAUGGCGCCGGCCGCGCCGCCCGCGGCCGUGCCGCUGGUGCUGCUGCCGCAGCCCGUGGCGGGCGCGUCGUGCCAGCUGCAGCACGUGGCGGCGCGGGGGCCGGGGGUCGUCCUGCAGGCCGCCGCCAGCGAGGAGCUGUCAGGCCAGACUGGCCUGCAGAGCCAAGACUUCCCGCAAUCCAUGCCGCAGCACAUGGCGAUGCAGCACUACCAGUCCGACUUCCAGGGGUCGCCGCCCGCGCACUGCAGUGCCUCCCCAGUCGCCACCGCCGCUGCCGCCUCCGCCGCCGCCCCCGCCGCCGUGCCGCCCACGCUGCGCCAGCCCGAACGCGUGGGCAGCGGCUGCAGCAGCGCCUGCGCUGCGGCGCCGCCGCCGGCCCCGCAGCAGCCGCCGCCGCCGCAGCGGCCGCCGCUGCCUGUGAUCGUGCCGAGCCCGGAGCACCGGGCGCGCCUGGCGGCUCUGCGCGAGUUUGCUGCGGUCCAGGAGCUCGGGGCGCUCGUGGCCGCCGCUGCGGAGAGCUGCGCCGCCGCCGUCGACGUCGGCAGCCCACCGCCGGCCGCGACGAGCAGCAGCGGGCGCGGCUCGGCGCACGGCAGCGCCUCGGACAUGGCCGCGGCCGCGGCAGAGGAGGAGGACCAGGCCCCUGAGCCUGCCAACCCCAAGCAGCACUGGCUGCAGGCGCUGGCUGACGUGCGCCUGUCCGACUGCCAGAUGGGAGAGCUUCUGGCGCUGAGGGCCGACCUGCUGGCGGCGCUGGCGCGGUGCCUCACAGAGCGCCGAGCGCUCGCUGCGCGGCUUGCGGCAGGCUGCACCCUGGCCGCCGAGCAGGCCGGCGCGUUCUGCACCUCCUCCCCCGGCGCCCAGCUCUCGGACAGCCGGUUGCAGCUGCAGCAGCGCGGCUACGUGGGCGGCAUGGCGCGUGGCAGCAUCGCGGUCCGGGACUUUGCCGCGCAGCUGCAGGCCAGCAUCCAGGGGGAGGGCCGCCUAAUGCGCGAGUUCACGGCGGGGGUGCUUGGCCGCCUGCUGGCGCCGCAGCAGGCGGCGCUUGUCAUGGUCGCGCACCCACACUGCACCGGUGAGCCCCCUCCUCCGCGCCGGCACAACGCCCCUGCGCCGCGUCCCCUGUCGGCCGCCGGCGGCUCGGACGCGGGCACUCCUGUGGCCACAAUGAUCUGUUCCGCCGCGCGGGCGUGA